CGCAGCGAGUGAGAGCAAAAGUGACUGAGGGUGGGAGAAACAAAAAUUAGGGAGUGAAAACCGCGUCUGUUUUUUUCACAAAAAUACCCCAAAAAUCCCACAAAAAACUUGUGAAAUCGCAAGAAUAAACCCAUUUCCUCACUUUUCCACUGGAAUCCACUGGUUUUUCGUACAAUUUCCCUGUGAAAAUUGAUGUGAUUGAAAUGGAUAAACAUGGCGACAAACAUGUUUUGUCUCUAAUUUUGUAAACAGAGACAUUUCCCACGGAAAAUCAUUUAUUUCCUUUGAGAAAAAUUGCCAAGAAAAUGCAAAGUAGUUUUUUAAUUUGUGUUACAAGUGUUUUAAUUGUACUACACAUCCCUGGGGAUUACUUAGGGGUUGGGGGUACAAGUGCCAGAGAUUUCCGACCAUGGGGAAUGGGUGGUGAGUCACGGGCGCCGAGGGAUAUCCUGGGGCGACCCACAUUGCCCAUUUGCCAAGUUUAUCAGGGCAAGACAUGCGAGGCUUAUCUUAUGAAUCAAACGGUCUUUGUCACCCCCGGAGUCAACAUUGAUACCAUUGAGGAGCGUUUAAAGUCAGCUUAUGGAGUCAUCAAGGAAUCUAAGGAUAUGAAUCCCAAUUGUAGAGUAUACGCUCUACCAUCGCUCUGCUACAGUAUUUUGCCGACUUGUCGGAGCCCCGUUCUGUCCAAUCAUCAGUAUUUUGCUGCCAAGGCGACUUUUGAGGCCAACCAGAGAAAUUUCCAGAGGAAUUCGCACAAGAAGAAACGUCUGCAGUCGAUAACGUCAAUCACAAAGCGUCCUCCAACAACAACGCCCAAGCUAAUGGUAUAUUUUUCCGGAGCUGUAACUCCAGCGAUUGAUGAGGAAGAAUUUUCUGGGCAGAUGGUGACUGCAGCUGCUGUUAGUGAUCGUCUUAGGAGGAGGCGGGAGUCAUUUGACGUGACCGUGGAUGCGAGAACAAAGAAUGUUCGGAGGAAGGAUUUUGGAGGGCCAAAAGUGAGUGAGUACAGUUCAAGGCAAUAUCCUCCGACGAGGAAUAGUGAGAAUUUAAGGAGGAUUUGCCGGGAAGAAUGUGAAUUGCUGGAGAAUGAAUUGUGUCAGAAGGAAUAUGCCAUUGCCAAGAGACAUCCAGCAAUUGGGAAACUUCUGCAGUUGGAAGAGUGUACAGAUCUUCCGGAUGAUAGUGAUUGUAUGUCGUUGGGAAUUGCAGUGGAUGUUGUUCCGGAAGAGACAUGUUUCUGGGAAAAUGGGGAAAAGUAUCGGGGAACAGUGGCAACUUCGGCUUCUGGGCGACCUUGCCUCAAAUGGGCUAAGCUUAUGAAAGAAAUUGCAGAUUUCCCGGAACUCGUUGGUCAGAAUUACUGUCGCAAUCCGGGAGGUGUUCAUCCUGAGCCUUGGUGUUAUGUAGACAAUAUUUCACUGGACAAAGUCAUUGAAUCCUGCAAGAUUCCUCGUUGUUCUGAAAGGAUGUGGCUAUAUGUCAUUAUCUCAUUUGUCUCGCUGGCCAUGGGAAUCCUCUGCGUGGUGUGCCUGGUUUGUUGCAGGAAGUGGAAGAAGCGGGGAAUGACAAAUAUCCAGAAUAUCAAUCUUCCAAAUGCCGACAAAAAUAUCUAUGGCAAUUCUCGCCUGAAUAGCCCAAUGGAAAUGGCUUCUUUGCUGCCAAAUGUCAGUGGUGGAGUACCUGGCGGUGGUAUCAUUCCGGCUCCUCCUCAUCAGCGUCCUCCAGUGUCCAGGGGAGCCUCAGUUCUCCGUGUACCUCAGUACACGCUUCAGGAUGUGAAAUUUGUGGAAGAAUUGGGAGAGGGAGCCUUCGGGAAGGUCUACAAAGGUGAACUGACACAAAAUAAUGGCGAGAAGAUCUUUGUGGCUGUUAAAGCUCUCAAGGAAAAUGCCUCGGCAAAAACUCAAGGGGACUUUAAGCGUGAAAUUGAAUUGAUAAGUGAUCUCAGGCAUGACAAUAUCGUCUGUAUUCUGGGCGUUGUACUCAAAGAGGAGCCCCUCUGUAUGCUGUUUGAGUACAUGACUCAGGGCGAUCUGCAUGAAUUUCUCAUUGGGAACAGUCCGAAUGAGGGAAAGAGUCUGUCACAGGUGCAAUUUUUGAGCAUUGCCAUGCAGAUUUGCGAUGGAAUGGAAUACUUGGCAGGACAUCACUACGUUCACAGAGAUUUGGCGGCACGAAAUUGCUUAGUAGGCGAUGGAUUAACAGUUAAAAUUUCAGACUUUGGGCUCAGUCGCGACAUCUACAGUUCGGACUAUUAUCGAGUUCAGUCAAAAUCUCUGCUUCCGGUACGUUGGAUGCCAUCUGAGUCCAUUCUUUAUGGAAAAUUCACGACUGAGAGCGAUGUGUGGUCUUUCGGAGUUGUUUUGUGGGAAAUUUACAGCUAUGGCCUGCAACCUUAUUAUGGCUACAGCAAUCAAGAGGUGAUCAGCAUGGUGAGAGCUAGGCAAUUGCUUCCCUGUCCGGAAGCUUGUCCUAGUCCCGUUUACUCACUCAUGGUGGAGUGUUGGCAUGAGCAGGCCGUUAGGCGUCCUUCGUUUCCAGAGAUUGGUCAUCGUCUGAAGAUCUGGUACCAGGCCAGGAAGAGAAACGAACAGGCUGAAAAUUCAUCAAGUUUUGGGGGAGGUAGCCGCAAAGGAUCAACUUUUAGUAUUUCAACGUCGAAUCCUCGUGGGCAGGUUGUCACACCGUCAUCCUCUAGUCAGCAUUCUCUGGGGAAGAAUGAUCAGGAGAUUCCGGUGAAAGAGAGGAGUAACAGUACCAGUGGCAAUCACAUGGUGUCAUCUUCAUCCUUGGAGCGUGGUCAUCAUCAUCAUCACCAUCACCAUCAUCAGUCACUGGAGAGGGAACGUGAAGGCAGUUUCAGUCAUCAUCAUCAUCACAGUAAGUCUCGUUUAUCCAAUGCUAGCAAUUCCAAUUUGUCAAUGGGCGGAGUUCCGGGAGCUGCUUUUGCAUCGUCCGAUGAACAACUCCAUGAGCCUCAGAGAAGGUCAAAGGGAAGCAAGGAUAAGCACCAUCAUCACCAUCACAGACAGAGACUAAACAGUGGUACGGAAUCCAGCGAGAGGACACGAAAGAGUGAUCCGGACAUGGAAGUGGCACCGGCCACUGGAAGGAAGAGUAGUGUGGCGAGUGUGAAGAGUGCAGAUAGGGAUGCAAUUCUAAUGGUAUCCCCGUCAAAGCGCCUUCCACCGCCUUAUCCGCAAUUUUAAUAUAAGUAUCAUUUUACCCAUUUUAUCCCAAAGAUUCGCAAUUAACUCCACGAAAGACUUACUCCAGGAACAACCUGGACCCCUUACGACAUAUCGGUAUGUUCUUUUUUAAUAUUGUUAUUGACACUUGAAUGGCUCUGGAGGAAAUGCUUUGGCAGGAAAUGCAAGGUUUAUAUCCCAAUAAUUGAUUUGCUUCGAGUGCCAAAAAAUUGGACAAAUUUCAAAGAGUUGUAAUGUAGAGCAAUUGCAGCAAUUGUUCAUUUGCAAUAACGGACCUUAAUAUUUCAAAAAUGAAGCAUGAUUUUUUUAAAGUUUAAAAGCUCAUUAGAGAGAAUAAUCUCCAAUUCGAAUAAUAGAAUACUUUUUUGGAUUUAUUUAAAAUCCGUUUGUAUUUUUUUAAUGAAAUAGUAAUAACUAAAAAUUCUUUAGUCUUUAGAUUUUUGAUCGAAGUUAAAAUUCUUUAUUACCAAAUGAGGACAGAUUCCCUUAUUUUACUGAAAGGUUAUUGCAGAAGUUGAGGUUAUGUAUGAAUAUUUCCUACCUUUUCGAAUAUCACUUCCGAUGAUCCCACCCAUUCAAAACAAAGAAAAAAAACAUGGAAAAUCCCCACGAGCCUAAAUUUCAUAUUUAAAUUUAGAUUAGAAACAAAAGACCAAUGUCAGAGUAUUCUGAACAUAACCUUCAAAUUAUGCAUGAUUUUGAGGUUAGAAAUCGAUACAUUUGAAAUAAAAGGAAUGUGUUUAGUUUUUUCCUUCGCGUUUAACUCUUUCGCGUCAGACUUUUAUUCAGCAAGUGAAUUCAUGUAAAAUUGAGUUUUUCCUAAUGCUUUAUGGUCAAAUAUAGUAGUUCUGAGAGGAAAAAAUUUUCCAUUGCGUGAAAACUCGGAAAACUCCGGGUCAUAUAUGACCCUAUUGUCCUCAAGGGAAGUGUACAUACCAUUUUCAAAAUCUAUAUCACGGGUUUUUAAGAGUUUUUUUUUUCUUGAAGUUAUUAAUUUGGCCAAAACCAUGGUAAGCUGGAUUGUUUUGAUGAACACUGUACUCCUGUAGGGGAAUUCUGUAACAGUAUGACAUUGUCAUAUGACAAAUUUAGAAUUUUUAUGUAUUAAAAUUGAGAAAACUAUUCGAAAAUGCAAUUCAUAUUAGUUACCUAAAGCUUUACAGAGCUCUUUGCAAUAGUGAUUUAAUUUCCCCUGGCCUUUAGUGUUUUCCUGCUCCCAAAAUCACCACCAAAAUUUGUCAUAUGACAUUAUCAUAUCGUUACAGAAUUCUCCUACUGGUGUUCAAGAAAUCUUCCUGUGUAAUCCCUUGAACACUCUCUGUCACACAAUUUUGAAAGGUAUUUGGCAAAAAUAAACUUAUCCACAUAUUUAUUCACACACAAUACAAUUGCACAAUAUGGGACGCUUGCAGAAUACUCUAAAAUAUUGCAAAAUAUGUCAUAAUUCAUCAGAUAUAAGAUGAAAUGUCCAGAAGCAAGAUAUUUUCCUUCUGGAUUUCACAAAGAAAAACAAUGUCCCAACUGUCCCAACUACAUUGUUGGCGCCACAACACUUUCCUAAACUUUUACCCUUGCCGACAAUAGGGUCAUAUAUGACCCGGAAAAUUCUACGAGCUUUUCUGGAAAAUUGAGAGUAGUUUAUUAUAUCAAAAUACGCAAUAUACAAUCUUUGGAUAUUCUAUUUUGUGUUUCUAAAGAACUUUUUGCUAAAAAAAAUAAAUUAAUAUAAAAAAUUUUGAAAAACAAAAGUCAUUUCACAAAGUUCGAAAUUAGUGAUUUUUUAUCUCAAAUAUUUUCUUUUCCUGAAUAUCUGGAGUCUUGACAAAAUUAGCCAAGAAUCUUACAUCCUUUUAUUAUGAUGUCGUGCACAAACCGAUAGAUUUCAAUUAAUGUAAAUAGUCAAAAAAAAUUCCCCGGGUCAUAUAUGACCCUAAUGACGCGAAAGAGUUAAAUUAUUGCUCAAAAAAAUUCUUACACAGUAGAUAGAAUAUGCUUUGGAUUUGUCAGAUUACGUUUAAUAUAACCUAAAUCUUGCUUAACAUAACCUGAAACUGCUAUAAUUAAUCUUAACUUGAUUGUUUUUGUUUCGUACGUAAUUACGAGUACAGUUCAACAUCUCGAAAAUAUUCUUUUACGAUUUAAUGAUUUUUUUAAAAUAAUUUUUAAAUAUUUUUUAAAAAUAAACGGAUAUUUUUUUUUACAAGCUACUCGAACGCUUCAAAAAUUUCUAAUUGGCGCAGUUUUAUAGGAAAUUUACCGCUUUUAAUUUAUUUUAUUUAAUAAAGUAAUUUUCCUCUAUUUUGUAAGGAAAUACGUUUAUCGAGUCGAUUUCUAUAAGGUAAUUUUGUGACUAUGCUCAAAAAUGCUGGGGCAAAUAGUACCAGACAUUGGGUAUUAUCAUAUUUUGAUUCGCUUCAUUACGGGCUUCUGUAAAUUUGAAAAAAUACCUAGAGGACAUAUUUUCAUAGAAAAUUUAUUCAUCUACAACUUUGUAAAACACCGUUUUCUCUGCGAGAAAAGUGAGAAAACGAGAAAAGCGCUUUUCAAACUAUUUUAGAAAAAAACACACAAAAGACUGCAAAACUUUUGACCAAUGCAAACAACAAAAAGCGAGACAUGAUAAUGACGUUUCUUUUCGCCGUGAGACAUCAGAAAUUACUUCGCUUUUUUGUUACUUUUUGUUCUAUACCUUCUGUUACUUUUUACCCCAAGUGGCCAUUUUUAAUAAAAGGAUUUCUGGAGAAAAGAACCUUUGUGAAAUUCUAAAAUAGAUUGCGGAUUCGUAUUCAAAGAAUCCAAAUUAUUUAGAAAAUAUUCACCUGUGCAUCAAUUUUGGAAAAUAAGUAGGUAAUAAUUGUUAUCUUCUGCAAGGAAAAUAUUUCAAAAAUAGGGCUAAAAAUUUCGAUAUUUUUUAUUUUCUAAAUUCCUUGUUCGAAUUCUAAGAAACUUACGACAUUGAAGAAGGUCUAUGGAGGCUAUCUAUAGAAACAAAAUUUGAGCCGCUAUCUUUUUUACCUUGGAAGAUAUUUAAUUUUGACUUUUUCGAUAUGUGACUUUUUGCCCCAGUCUCCCCUACUGUCUUUUCCUUGCAAAGCAUUUCCUUGGAACUUUUUUAACCGUAAAUUUUUACAACAGUAUUUUUGAAAUAAUAAAGAAUCUCCAAAAGACUGCCAAUAUUUUUUCUGCUUUUUAUAUAAAACAAAAAACAUAGCCAAUUGAUCUCAGUUUUUUUGUAAAGCCAUUUUUUAUAAAAAAAUAAAUAAAAAGAAAAAAUACCCAAAGGGGUUCUUUGUAAGAAAAAAAAAAGGAAAUCUCACAGUGACACGAUAUCUAGAAAUAAGUAAAUAAAAUCCCUGGAAUGUUUAGUAACUUUGUCUUGCGACGGUUUCGUUAAAAUUUAGGACUGUAGGUAGUAAUUUGUAAGUUUUAGGAUUGAAGAAGGCAUUUCAGGGAAAUUUUAUUUUCCAGAAGGAUUUUCAUAAAGAAGCGUCCAAGAAUUCUUACAAGAAAAAAAGGCACAACGAUAUAGAAAUUUAUUUUCCGUCCGAGAUUUAGUUUUUUAGAAGAGAAGAGUGUAUUCAUUUUUUUGGCAAGCAAUAACUGACCAAUAUUCCUUAGCGCACUUCUUGGCGUGGAUGAUGAAGUCUUUUUGUUGAAAAUUUAGUUAUUAGUCGUCACUGGAGAUGAUGCGAAAGAAAAAACUUAAUUGUAAUGUAAAUGUUAUAUAUUAGUAAAGCAAUCUUUUUCCCAAAAAUUCUCUAGCUCUCUAUACUUCCUUAAGGAUUUUUCAAAAGUAUUUUUAAGGACUUUUUUCUUAUAGGAUUUUUUAGGUGAAUUUUGAGCCAAAUAUUUUAGUUUUUAGUUUUAGUGAUUCACUAAAAAAAAUGUAAUUUUACCCAUUCUACCCGAAUAUUUAUUGUAAUAUUUAAAAUGAGAAGAAAAUAAAUCUCUUGAAAGGA